CAAAUCUCCAUCCCUUAACUUUAAAUCCUAAAAUUUGGAUUAGUUAAUCCUAGGGGUAUAAAUGUAUAUUUACCUCUUUAAUAAAAUAUUUUGAUCUUUAGAAUUUAAAUUUGUGACAAAAACUUUUUGAGUGCUAUCGAAGGUAUUUCUCGUGAUUUAUUACUAACUAGUGUUGACCCAGUGCGUAGCACUGAGAUAAUAUAAUCAAUUUUUUUUGCUGUAAAUAAAACCAAAUUAUAUACACAUAACUAAAAGUUACAUGUAUAAAACUUAGCCAAAGAAAAUACAAAUAAAUAUAAAAACAGUAAAACAUUUAUCUUUACAAAAUAUAAACACAUUUAUCUAUAAAAACAUUAACAUAUUUAUCAAUUAACCACAAACAUAUAAGAAAGUUACAUUGUUAUAAAUUCUUUUUUUACAACAUUAAAAUCUUGUUAAACUUCAUUACAGGGGAACAUAACGUGUGGUUGGAAGAGACUUAUGAUGAAGUCUGAACCAAUAUGCUAACUUGUCUUUCGUUUGUUAUAAAUUAUUUAGUUUUAGAUAAAAUGGUAGUUUGAAGUUUUCUUAAUUUACUUAUGUCUUGCUCUUUCUUUCGGUACAUUUUUCUUCUUAUUAACAUGAUGUAUGCAAUAUAUGUCUUUGGCUUCUUACAUCAAGUAAUUCAUUCAACAUCUAAAUAAUCUUACAAAUUAGUUAAAUCAUUAAAAACAGUAAAAGUCGGCAUGUAAACAUAAUUCUUUGAAAACAAAUCAGUCCAUAACAAUGAAAAAUAAUUUAAGUAAUCAAAAUUAUUUAUACUUUAGUUUGAGAAUAGGUGAUCUUUACUAUUUAAUGUAUACUGCUAUAUUUUUAAAAUCUAAAUUACAUAAAUGACUAAAACAUUGAGUAAAUACUAACUGAAAUGACAUUGCGAAAAAUAUGUUCCUAAUUGACACUUGAACUAAGUAAACCUUACCAGAGUUAUUGACACUUACAUAAUCAUAGUCAUAUUCUUUACUGACACUUACAUUAUAACCGAAGAAAUAUGAUCAUGUGAAUUAGCGAUGACACUCACAUGUGGUUUUGCAGCUCCUUGAUGAUAUAGAGUAACUAAUUAAUAGCUUAAUAGGUAGUCAACCAGAAAGCACAAGUGCGAGAUGUUUCUUCUUGUGUAGUUAAGAGCAAAGCAGUCAAUGUGGAAAAUGGACUUUACAUGAGUUCAUAUUAAGUUAUAACGUGGAUUUAUAUCCAAACCAAACAUGAUUAAAGGUGUAGUUUUCGUGAAGGUGGUGAGUAAGGGAAGGAUAAUUAUCUAGCCGAGUAACAUAUUUUCCUAAUCAAAAUGAAUUUUAUUUUUAGCUAUUCUGAACCUGGUUUGAGAUCAUGUGUAUAUUGCCAUUAUCCAAAGAAAUAUAACCAACCCAUGAAAAUAUGAUCAACAUAACGUUAAAACUCACCUGAAAACUAUAAGUUGAAAAUCUAACAACUUUCAAGCUUUUCAUCUUCCCUUCUUUCUAGAAAGCUUCAGCUGAAACCGUGGAGUAUAUGAAUAGACCAUGGAAUCGAGUUGAAGAGAAGUGGAGAGCAGGACCUCUCUUGCGUUACAAACUUACAGACCAUGGAGAGCAAUGAAAGUUAAAGACUUGACGUGCAGUUUAAUCUCUCCCCUAUUUGUCAAAUUUAGGAGAUAUAGAAGUAUGGGGAUGAAGAAAUAAGAUCGUGGGUCGUGGAAUAUUUUGAGAAACUGGUGAUAGGAUGUGUUUUUUUCUAAAAAUUAUCUUGUUUUAAUUGAUUAUGUUUCUUAAAUUUUAUAAAAUCCAAAUGGCAAAUUUUGAUUUGUUACGUGAUUGUGAUUUUUAUUUUACCUUUGUUUAGAAUCAAUGUUAUUUAGCAAAUUGAAUCCAAUCAAACCGGGCCAGACCGGUCUAUUUUUUAAGAGAACAAAGCAAACGAACUCUCCUCUCCCUUCUUCACUGAGAAGUGAGAAGCCUCAACGGAGCAAAGUGAAAGACGCUAAUGGCACUCUGUUCUUCAUCUUCUCAGAAGACAUGGAUUGUUCACGGGAUCUUGGCUGGAACGGCAAUUGCUGCGGCGAUUGGCGCACACGCGUAUCUGGGUCGAUCCAGGAAAUUCCGGAGCCGGGUCGUGGGAAUCAUCCCCGCCCGUUACGCUUCCUCUAGAUUCGAGGGCAAGCCCCUCGUGCAAAUCCUCGGAAAACCCAUGAUCCAGAGAACUUGGGAGAGGUCUAAGUUAGCCUCUACGCUUGAUCACGUUGGUAAAUGUGGCUCACGUCUCUAAAAAGAUGUCUACUUUAUGGAUCUAACAUCUCUUCUAUGAUCAUCUGUCGUGGCCACCGAUGAUGAAAGGAUCGCGGAUUGCUGUCGUGGAUUCGGUGCUGAUGUCAUCAUGACUUCAGAGUCUUGCAGAAACGGCACUGAGCGUUGCAACGAAGCACUAGAGAAGCUGGAGAAGGAGUAUGAUGUGGUUGUUAACAUUCAAGGCGAUGAACCCCUCUUUGAGCCUGAGAUUAUUGACGGUGUUGUCAAAGCACUUCAGGUAGCACCUGACGCAGUGUUUAGCACAGCCGUGACAUCGUUGAAACCAGAAGACGGGCUUGACCCUAACCGAGUCUAAUGUGUUGUAGACAACCGUGGCUAUGCUAUCUAUUUCUCCAGAGGCUUGAUUCCUUACAACAAGAGUGGUGGAGUCAAUCUAGAUUUCCCGUAUAUGCUUCAUCUUGGUAUUCAGAGCUUUGAUUCCAAGUUUCUGAAAGUAUAUUCGGAGCUUCAACCAACGCCAUUGCAGCUAAAAGAGGAUCUAGAGCAGCUCAAAGUCCUUGAGAAUGGCUACAAGAUGAAGGUUAUAAAGGUGGACCAUGAAGCGCAUGGAGUUGAUACACCCGAAGAUGUUGAAAAGAUUGAAUCUUUAAUGCGUGAAAGAAACCUGUCCUAGUCCUCAAAAAUACACAUCUUCCCCUCACAUUUUAUGCAUGAACUCUUUUCCUUUUAAUUUUUAUUUUUUUAUGAUAUGGUUCUUCCCUGUUUUUUACUCUGUAAUUUGAACUGAUUCUUGGACCACGAGUUAAUUUACACCUAUAUUUCGUAA